AUGGGCAGAUGUGCAGGUCCUCUCCAAUGCGAUCCUUCCACCUUUUGGUCUGUCACGUCGUCUUCUGCCUUCUACCUCUGUAUCCAACAUCCUUCAGCCAACAUGCCCUUGUAUAAGGGCAUAGUGAGUGAGAGCCACACAGGAGCCACACCCCACGCGCCACGCCGCGCACCGCAAGGCACUCCAGGCAGCAGCAGCAGCAGCAGCCAUGGUGUCUCUCCUCAUGGUGGGGCGAGCGGCUCCCCAGAUGAGGGCGGCACCGACCCAGCCCGGCAGCAGGAGGGCCUUGGUGCUUCCCAUGGUUCAUCCGAGCCAGGGACAUGGAGAGGAAGUUCGAGAGACAUUGAGGACAUCCUAGGAACCUUUGCCAAGAAUGUGGGGUUCCUUGACAUUGACAUCUGUGGGCCGACUCAGCCGCGGGUGUUGGGGACAGCAGAGGAGAAGGUCCACUCUUCAGGUGCUGGCUGGUCCCCUGUGUAUGUGUCUGACAAUCUGGCUGUCAUGUCCGUUGGGUUCCUGCUCAACAGUGCAGACGACGCUGUCAUCUGGAGGGGACCCAAGAAAGAUGUGAUUGACGAGGUAGUGUUUAAGCAUGUAGCUGUGGAUGAAGUGGCUCUGCUGGAUGUGAGGAAGGAAAUCACAUUCUGCAGGAAAGUGAACAUUCCCAUCAUUGGCCUGGUGGAGAACAUGACCACCUUUGUGUGCCCCAAGUGUAAGACCAAGACGGCCAUCUUCCCUGCCACUACUGGAUGUGACCCCCAGCUGGCAGAGGAUACUGAGAUGCCACUGCUUGGCCAGCUGCCGCUGGACCCCUGGGUGGCCCAGGCGUGUGAUGAAGGCACCAACAUUCCGACACGAGCCAGAUGCUGCUGUCACUCAGGCAUACAAAGACAUUGCAAACAAAAUCAAGGAGUACUGUGACGCACAGUCCCAAGAAGCCACUUGACCUGCAGCGGUAGCAGCAGCAGCAGCAGCAGUCAUCACCACACUAACCAACACAUUCUACAGAAAAGUCUUGUUAUUCAUGCAGAGGUUUAUUUUACAUUUACUUCUUAAAUCCAUAUUAUUAACAUCA